GGGAUUGCGUACCCUACAUAUCUUGUUGGCAAGCAGUGUGAGUCUCUUCCUCCUCCACCUAGUUUUUAAGGGGCGGGGUGUUACUUGGGUGUUGCCCAUUUGCGUCGACCUCGACAGUAUCCAUCGGAUUAUUUUCAUUUUACAACCGCCUGGCCUUGUGUCUCUUGCCCGUUGCCUCACCACCGAAAGGGAUCUGAGUACUUCAACCAUGGGAGUCGAAGGCUGCACUAAAUGUAUCAAAUACAUGCUUUUCUUCUUCAACUUCAUCUUCUGGCUCGCAGGAGGUGUGGUCCUGGGCGUGGCUCUAUGGCUUCGACAUGACGGCCACACCAGCAGCCUGCUAGAGUUGAAGUUUGACGGCCAACAAGCACCAACCACCUUCUUAAACAGUGUUCACAUCCUGAUUGCUGUUGGCGCAGUGAUGAUGGUUGUCGGGUUCCUCGGCUGCUAUGGUGCCAUUCAGGAGUCUCAGUGUCUUCUUGGAACAUUCUUUGCCUGCUUGGUGAUCCUGUUCGCUUGUGAGGUGGCAGCUGGAAUCUUUGGAUUCAUGCACAAAGAUUCGAUUUCCAAAGAGCUGAUUACCUUCUAUGACAAUGUGUACGAGAACUCUGUAGCAACCACUUUAACAGACCAGGACAAGAAACAGGCUGCCACUGCUGUGCUGAAGGUCUUCCAUGAGACGUUGGAAUGCUGUGGUAGGGGUUUCAGCAACCCGUUCACUACAUUAAUCACCCAAGGUUUAACGGACAUCUGCCCCAAGUCAGUCUCCGCUUCCACUACAGACUGUCACGGAAAAAUCACUGAGCUCUUUACCGAGAAGGUUUACCUGAUUGGCAUCACUGCUCUGAUAAUUGCUAUUAUUAUGAUCUUUGAGAUGACAUUUAGUAUGGUCCUGUGCUGUGGGAUCCGCAACAGCCCGGUGUACUAAAGUCCAGGGGGAAGAAGCAAGGGCUAGUGACCUCUGGAGAUACUAGCCAAUGACUGAAGGAAAAUAUUUAUCUUCCUUUUUUGUUUUUAUAGCCUGUCACUUCCUCAAAUAGUUGCUUGCUAAUUUUGUCAGUUGUACAAGAUCAAAAAUGCAUCUUCUCACACAGUUUUUGAUAAUAUAGUACCAACUAUUCUUGUCAGGCACAGAUAGCUGUUCAAUAUUUUGACUAAUGUUAGUCUGUACAAAAUGUUGAGGUUUACAUUGGCAUGGCUUUUAAACACACACACAAAUACAGAUCCUGGAAUUCUCGUGUUAAUUGUGAAGUAUUGCCAUAUGUUAUGCUGGAGUCCAAAACAUUGUAUUCUGUUGGUUUAUCAAUCUCUUUUCAAAUGUAUAUGUAUGAACUGUAUAUAUUUGCAGUGCUUUAUGACUGUCAAGCAUGGGUAAUGUAUUGAAUCCCUUCUCCCAUAAGUUUCUGCACUCACUGCUUGUCUGCCUGAGUUUUCUCCAUAGAGAACAACCACUAACAGUGAAUGGAUACUAUUGAUUUGUCUGUCCCAUCUAAAACCAAGAUAAUAGAAGUGAUAGUUUGUCCUGUGCUUUUAUAACACCUACCAAGCCAUAAAGAGACCCCAUGCCUCCAAGCCUUAUGAGUGGAAUAACCCAUCCUCCCCAACAACACCUUGUUCCUGUUAAACUACAUUGAAUGUCCUAUCCUUAACCUAUUGCUGUGUACUGUGCAUACCUACAGAAACCUCACCUCUUGGGGUCCUAAGCUGGCACAGCGGUAAAACGCACUGCACCGCAGUGCUGAGGCACCACUACAGCAUGGGGUUUGAUCCCAGACUGUCACAACCGGCCGUGACCGGGAUCCCCAUAGGACGGCGCACAAUUGGCCCAGUGCCGUCCGGGGUAGGGGAAGGUUUGGCUGGUGGGGCUUUCCUUGGCUCAUCUUGCUAUAGUGACUCGCUGUGACUGGUCUGGACGCCUGCAAGCUGACUCCAGUCAUCAGUCAAAUGGCGUUUCCUCCGACACAUUGGUGCGGCUGACAUCCGGGUUAAGAGAGCAGUAUGAUAAGAAGUAGGCAGCCAGAUGGGUCAUCUUUUGUAGGACACAUGACUCAACCUUCGCCUCUCCUAAGACUGUUGCAGAGAUGAGCCAAAGGACCUAAUACGGGGUAAAAAAUACGCUUGUGGCCAUACCACCCUGAACACGCCUGUUCAGGGUCGGGCCUGGUUAGUACUGGGACGGGAGACCGCCUGGGAAUACCAGGUGCCCUAAACGCCAAAAAAAAAACGUCACCUCUUCAGACGUUCAGACAAAUCUAUUUUAUUUUCAAAUCAUUUUUUUUACCCCUGCUUGUUAUACUCUGACAGUCAAACAUCUUAUAAUGCUGGGACUUGCCAGACAGUGUUGUAUCUGUGCUGUAUGAUGAUACUGUAUAAUACCACUGACCAUGCAGUUGUGAGAGGUUGUGUUUGUGUGUCAGGAAGUCCAAUACUGGCCAUGUCAACAAGUCAAGUCCACAACCAACCAACCACUAGGGGGCAGACCUGUUGUGGUGCUUCAUGGUAUUCCAUGGAUAUGGUUCCAAAGCCAGGGGGAGCGCUUGUCAUACGUUCUUUCUCCACUCUGACUAGGGUUGCAUGCUCAACUGCAAAGCACUUCUCGGCUGGUUCCAUUUCAAUCUUCAGCUUCCCUUCAGCGUUUACAGAUUUUAAUCUGAUCCAUUAGAGGGCGAGGUGGAGCUUUCACCCUAUUAUCUACACCCAUCCAGUCCUUUCAGAUCUGUUAACACAAAAGGGGUAUGGGCUAGGGACUGAAGUGGAACCAGGCCCUUAACAUUCACCUAUAUACACACAUAAGCACUUAAACACUCACACAUACUCACUCCAUCAUCAUUUGUGUAGUCCUACAUAAUAGACUGUAUGGCUUUCUAAGCCAACCAAAACCUAGUCUUCUUAACACAAUGCCUAUGCUGAUAUAUGGUUAAGUGUCUUGUAACAUGUACAGCUAUAUAUUAUUGUACUAAUGACCAUGUAAAGACAAUGUAGCUAUGCCUUUCAUUGUGAUAUUUUGUCUGGUACGUUGUCAAAAGAAAAAUGGGUGUCGGCUUCAGUGGCAGUGUGCAGGACUGAGAAAUCAGUUGAGUUACUAAAGGUUGGGAAGAUUAGCAACAUGGCUGUAUAUGCUGUACAACACAAAGGUGAAGAACAAUGCCAGCAAAAGCGUGUCUCUCUUUAGUAUCUAUGUCACUGCCCUACUGUAAAAACACUAUACACAAUGUAGUGACUGAGACGCAAUAGCCCACUGCUGCCCAAAUCUGUGCCCUUUCUCUCCUGUUUUAGAUUUUGAUUUGGUUUUGUUGCCCAAGUAUUAAGGGAUUAAAUGUAUUUUACAAAUAAUAAAGGAAUAACCUGUCUUUUUCACAUCUUA